AUGGCUGAAUACACUGCUCUAUUUGACGACCUCGAUCUCGAAACAGCCAACUUGAUUCUCAAGCUUCAGCUUGAGGAAAUUGAAGACCUACGCACCAACUCCAAAGACAAACAUCGGGCUGGAGCGCUCAGCGAUGCUCAUGAGGCACUCUCCCUGUUUGAGGAGAAUCUCAAAAACAUACGCUCAGCCUUGUCCGACCGGCAAAUGACCCAGAGCAUCGCAGACGCAGUACAGGCAGACGCUGAGGCUAUUGCCGAUGUCAUUCGUGAGGAAGAAGUCGCUUGCGAAGACCACACUCUUGCACACCGUCUGAAUGGGAGCAACGUUACAUCAGAAGUCCACCUCCACUCUAGCGACCUCAGUGGAAAAACCCUCGCCAGACUCGCUGGACGUUAUGUUUCCGAACGUGUCGGCUGUGAGCUAUUCGAAGAUACCAAAAUCAGCCCAAGGCAGCAGGAAGACGAUUUUCAGGCCGAGAGUUCUAUGAGAGGAUCUGGUCGGAAGCAGGCACCCCAUAAAACCCGCAACCUCCGAUGCAUUAUCUGCGACGAAUACAAGAAGUUCUUUGAUGUGAUCGAAGUGCCUUGUAGCCACGCCUACUGCAAACCAUGUUUGCAGAAACUUGUCGAGUUGGCCUCCAAAGACGAAUCAUUGUUCCCUCCGCGUUGCUGCCGUCAACCCUUCGAAAUGGACGUGGUCGACAUCUUCCUCACUAAGGACCUCCGAGACCAAUUUGAACACGCCAAAGCUGAGUUCGCCAUCAAGUCCUCGACCCCGUCGUCGCGUUUCCGAAAGUCUCCCCCUCUUUCCCUCGACCACUUCAUCCAACGCCAGCGCGUCCUCUCCCUCUACCGCGACAUUCUCCGCUCGUUGUACCGUCACAUGUCCCCGCCCCAGAGGGGAGAGAGUAUCGCGUAUGCAAAGGGCGAAUUCACACGAAACAAGGAUGUGCAGGAACUCGACAAGAUACGGUAUCUGAUCAGUAUGGGGAAGGCCGAGUGGGACGGCGUCAGGAGGGGGGUGGAAGAGAUGGGCCCUGCGCGAGGCUGA